AUGGCUUUAGGAAAAUACUCUAGAGUGGAUGGUCGGAAAUCUUCAUCAGGCUAUUGCUCGACCGUCACGGUUGUGGUCUUUGUGGCCGUCUGCCUGGUCGGGAUAUGGAUGAUGACAUCGUCCUCUGUGGUCCCUGUUCAGAAUCUGGAUGUCUCGCAGGACACAAAAAAUGAGGUGACAACGCCCGCCGCAGAGACCACAGUCGAGGCUAAAAAUGAGGACUCUAACAAUAAUGCAAACGAAGAUAACGGCAAAAGCCAAACCGACGAGGGCAAGCCGAAGCAGUUUGAGGAUAACCCUGUUGAUUUGCCUGAGGAGGCCACCAAGGGGGACGUGAAAAAUGACCAGGUGGAUAAGAAAGAUACACCAGAUGAGACUGGUUUGAAUCAGGUGGAUAAAAAUAAUCCACCCAAGGAGCCGGCAAAGAAAGCAGAGGAAUCCGAUGACAUGAAGGCUGGAAAUGAGGGGAAGGAUGAGGGGUCUAAUAAUGAGCCAGAAAACGGAGACGGCGAAAAGAAAUCUGAUGCGGAAUCCCAGGCGAAUCAAGACUCCGAAAAUCAGGAAAACAGCACACCAGAUGACGGGGAGAAGAAUUCUGAAGAAGAUUUGGGCAAAACGGAUGGGGAUAAGGAAGAGGGUCAGACAGACGAGAAGGUGGAGAACAAGACAGAUGAGAAGUCCGCUGAGGAAAAGAACAAAUCAAGUGAAGUCUUUCCUUCCGGAGCCCAAUCGGAGCUAACGGAUGAGCCUGCAACUCAGAACGGAUCAUUUCCGACUCAGGCAACAGAGUCGAAAAAUGAAAAAAAUGUCCAAAAGCCGUCUCAACCAGAAAAUCAGAUUAAAUACAGCUGGAAGGUUUGUAAAACCACUGCCGGGACGGACUACAUUCCGUGCCUUGAUAACUUGGAGGCAAUAAAAAAGCUUCCUUCAACUAAGCACUACGAACACAGGGAGAGGCACUGCCCUGAAGACUCACCUACCUGCCUUGUUCCCCUUCCUGAAGGAUAUCGACGUUCAAUUGAGUGGCCCAAAAGUCGGGAGCAGAUCUGGUACCAAAAUGUGCCACAUACCAAGCUUGCAGAAGUUAAGGGACACCAGAAUUGGGUUAAAGUUAGUGGUGAAUAUCUUACGUUUCCUGGCGGUGGCACCCAGUUUAAGCAUGGUGCGCUUCACUACAUUGACUUCAUACAACAGUCUGUACCUGAAAUUUCCUGGGGCAAGCGUUCGCGUGUGGUUCUGGACGUUGGCUGUGGGGUUGCUAGUUUUGGGGGUUUCCUCUUUGAUAGGGAUGUGCUGACCAUGUCAUUAGCCCCAAAAGACGAACAUGAGGCUCAGGUUCAAUUUGCACUUGAGAGAGGAAUCCCAGCAAUAUCUGCCGUUAUGGGUACCAAGAGACUUCCAUAUCCUGGCAGAGUUUUUGAUGUUGUUCAUUGUGCACGUUGUAGGGUUCCCUGGCAUAUCGAAGGUGGCAAGCUUCUCUUGGAGCUGAACCGUGUACUGCGACCUGGAGGAUUCUUUGUUUGGUCUGCAACACCCAUAUACCAGAAACUUGCAGAGGACGUUGAGAUAUGGGAAGCCAUGAAGAAGUUGACACAAGCAAUGUGCUGGGAAGUUAUCUCGAUAACCAAGGACAGAAUAAAUGGAGUUGGAAUCGCCGUGUACCGUAAGCCCACUACAAAUGAAUGCUAUGAACAGAGGUCAAAAAGUGAGCCCCCUCUAUGUCAAGAUUCUGAUGAUGCAAAUGCUGCCUGGAAUGUGCCUUUGCAAACAUGCAUGCACAAAGUUCCUGUUACUUCGUCCGAACGCGGGGCCCAGUGGCCAGAACAGUGGCCUGCUAGGGUUGAGAAGGUGCCUUACUGGUUGUCAAACUCUGAGGUUGGGGUUUAUGGCAAGCCAGCUCCUGAAGAUUUUGAUGUGGAUUAUAAACACUGGAAACGUGUGGUUAACAAUUCAUAUCUAAAAGGACUGGGAAUAAACUGGUCUACUGUUAGGAAUGUCAUGGAUAUGCGAGCUGUCUAUGGAGGAUUGGCUGCUGCAAUGAGGGAACUGAAUGUGUGGGUUAUGAAUGUCGUCUCUGUAGAUGCUCCAGAUACAUUGCCCAUUAUUUACGAACGUGGUUUAUUUGGAAUUUAUCAUGACUGGUGCGAAUCAUUCAGUACAUAUCCAAGAUCUUACGACCUUCUCCACGCUGACCAUCUUUUCUCAAAGAUAAAAAAGAAGUGCAAUUUCAUGGGCUUGGUAGCCGAGGUUGAUAGGAUUUUGAGACCAGAAGGAAAAAUAAUUGUCCGUGACACUGUAGAGAUCAUUAGUGAACUUGAGGGCAUAUUCAAGUCCAUGCAAUGGGACAUCCGGAUGACUUACUCAAAGGACAAGGAAGGAUUGUUAUGUGCCCAGAAAUCCAUGUGGCGGCCUAAAGAAGAAGAAACACUUACUUAUGCCCUUGCUUAA